UGUUAUCCUCGGUGGCCCCGGACCGAUAAGUAUAUCACCAUUUCCGUAUACCUCAUAUUGGUGAAGCACGAAAGAGCAAAGAAGAACAUCGACGCAUCUGUCAACGAUAGUAAAGUGAUGGCCGAGAUCAAGGUCAUAGUCGCCGGAGCAGGCAUUGCCGGCCUUGCGACAGCCAUUUCUCUGCGGCAAUUGAACUCUUCCGGCCACAAUUUCAAUGUUCAUCUUUAUGAGAGGGCGCCCGAGUUGAAGGAAAUUGGCGCAAGUAUCGCAUUGAGCCCGAACGGGUUGCGGACCCUUGAGCGAUUUGGAAUAGAGAAUGCACUCGACGACAAUAUCAGUUAUCGGGGUCCAAGUGCCCUGCCGAUGAUAUACCGACACUGGAAGACAAACGAGAUCGUUAGUGUCGACCAAUUUGCCGAUGUCCCUGACCACAGACAUCAGACAGCUCGGUUCCACAGAGCCCAUUUGCACGAUGCACUUCUCCAACAUGUUCCUCGGGAGAGCAUCCACCUCAACAAAGAGACCAUCUCUGCUGAAGCGGACUCCAAUGGUGUCACGUUGUUUUUCAAGGAUGGCACAAGCGUCAAUGGAGACAUUUUAAUCGGUGCGGAUGGCCUUCGAUCCAAAGUCCGAACAACCUUCAAUCCGGAUCACAAGUUACAUUGGACUGGUCGGACAUUGUUCCGUUCCACGUUUGACUACUCAUUGGUCAAAGACAUACCAGACCUGCCACCAGAUUCGACUCAUUGGUGGGGACCCAAGACCACCUUUUUCGCGUCAAGACUUGGUCGCAACAUGUACACGACGGUUGGUAGCUUCGACCCCAGAGACUACUCCAAAGAGGACCCUGAAAGUGUGCGCUGGGAUCAAGUGGCAGAUGUUUCGCCAUUCAAAGAUCUUUACAAGGAGGACUGGAACCCGGUGGUCAAGGCCUUGGCAGAGGCCACUCCCUAUGUGCGAUUGUAUCCCAACUUUGCUGGCGAGCCGCUGGCGUCUUGGGUGUUUGGGUCGCGAGUGACUUUGAUCGGUGAUGCAGCUCACACGCACGGCGGGAGUCACGCUGCCGGAGGGUCCCUGGCGCUCGACGAUGCCUGGGCGCUAUACUUGUCGUUCAAACAGGUCCUGGCCACAGUUGAUCCCGGCCAGAAGCCAACCUCCCAGGACAUCCAUCAAGCGCUAACGCUGUACGACAACACCAGGAGACCGCAUACGACGCGACUGAUAAAUGGUGUCCUCGGUUCUGCAAACGCUGUUAACCCAGUCACGGACGAGGAGCUCAGGCAGAGAAUGACAAGUAGGGCGAGUACAAUCUGGCUCACAGAACAUGAUGUGAAUGCAGCAUUCACAAAGGUCCUUCAAGACGAAGGCCUCAUUCCGUCCAUAUCUGAGAGCGGCACUGGACCUCUCCUCCAACCUAGGAUUCAGGGGCAGAGCCGGCUCUAGUGACCGGCCGAUUGAUGGUUUCGACGAAAGAUCCUAGACGUUGAAGACUUCAUGGUGUCUUGUACACAUCAGCACUGUAUGUUCGUGAAGAAGAUACCUCUCUCUUAGAG